AAUGGUACCAAUAAUGUGGUAAACAUGAAAAUUCUCCUAAAUAAGAUUUCUUACUCAUAUAGUUUUAUAAUCAUUUGUAUCUUAUUAUAACAAAAAAAAUUAAACCAUUGAUCACAAAUGUUUAUGUGAGACUUUUAACUGUUUUAGUAAUUUAUACUCGUUUUAACAAAUUCAAAAUACAACAUAUACGAAACGAUCUAAAUUUUAUUAUAUGGUUAAUGUAACUGUGUAAUUUAUUUUAUUAAUGAAGAAUUAAAUAAAAAUGAUAUAGGAUAUACAAAUUGUUAGCAAAACUUUAUUAUUCAAAAUCAUUAAUUUCCAUAUAUAUUUUAAUCACAUUAGUUAAUUUUGUACAUUUUAUUUAAGGAAAGGAUGAAGAAUAACUUUUUAAAUUAAUAAUUAAUUUUAUGGUUAGAUUAAUGAAAACUAUAGUUUAUAUUUAGAUGUGCCAACUUAUUUUUUCUAAAGAUUGUAAAAAAAAAAUUAUUCUUGUUAUAACAUGUGUCAUGCCUCAAAUGUUGUAAUAUGCUUAUCUUUUAUAAGGCAUGUUAUGACAUAGGCUUUAUGGUUUGUUAAGCCGACUUCCAAAAUUCAACCUUCAUUAAAAUAUAUGUUAUGAAAAAAAAUCGCAUGUCCAGUAACAUUUGAAUGAAAUAUAAAAACAAAAAUAUUAAAAUAUAUUUUUCAUUUUUAUUUACUUAGAAAUCCAGUUGCCAUUUCCAUUAUUCUCCAACUUUCUUACAUGUAUUUAACAGAUUUUUAUUUUAAACGAUACGUAUUGUUUCCACUCUCCGAAACGUCAUUAGCUACAUAAGUUAGAUAUACUUCCCCUAUAUAUAUGUAUAUUAUGAAGCAUCAAUGGUCAUUCCUACUCAUAGCCAAACAAAAGAUGGAUAAAAGAUGGAGUCUUGAAGGUAUGACUGCUCUUGUAACCGGUGGAGCCAGCGGAAUCGGGCAUGCCAUAGUAGAGGAGCUAGCCAGUUUUAGAGCUAGAAUCCAUGUGUGCGACAUAUCUGAAACACUGCUCAAUCAGAGUUUAAGCGAAUGGGAAAAGAAAGGGUUUCAAGUGAGUGGUUCAACAUGUGAUGUAUCCUCUCGUCCUGAGAGAGAAAUACUUAUGCAAACCAUCUCAGGGAUAUUUGAUGGCAAGCUGAAUAUACUUGUGAACAACGUUGGCGUGGUUCACACUAAGCCAACAACUGAAUAUGAGGCAGAUGAUUUCUCGUUCCAUAUAUCAACAAACUUAGAAUCUGCUUAUCAUCUUAGCCAGCUUUCACAUCCUCUCCUGAAGGCUUCUGGAAUUGGAAGCAUUGUCAUGAUUUCCUCUGUUGGAGGGGUUGUAUCAAUGUGCUGUGGAUCUAUCUAUAGUCUAGCGAAAGGAGCUUUGAAUCAACUAGCAAAAAAUUUGGCGUGUGAAUGGGCAAGAGAUGGCAUAAGAACCAACUCUGUUGCUCCUAAUUUUGUCAACAAAACUACUAUGGCUAAACCUUUUUUCAAAGACACCGGUUACGAGAAGAGUUUGUUAAACAGAACUCCACUUGGUCGGGCUGGAGAGCCAAACGAGGUUGCAUCACUUGUGGCUUUCCUGUGUCUACCUGCAGCUUCAUAUAUUACUGGUCAGACCAUUUGUGUUGAUGGAGGUCUCACUGUCAAUGGUUUCUCCUAUCAGCCAAACGCAUGAGCUGGGACUUGUGUGUGUUGGUGAUGCAGUACAAGUAUAUUUCAAAUUGGUGGUGGGUUUUGCUUAAGCCUUCCCUUUCUAUCAUUAAUAAAAACCAAAAAUAAGAAAAUCUAGAAUUCCAUUACUGUUGACACUCUUUGAGAAUUCAAUAGAUUUGUGAUGGUUGGUUAACCGUCUCCUCUGAAAUCAAUGUUAUCAAUAUCUUCCCUCUAUUAUUUGGUGUUUUGAA